AUGGCUGAAUUAGCAUGGAAGUAUGUCCCCGGGAACCCUCUGGUCAGACCUGAGCAAGUCCCGCUUCUAUCAACACAAAUGGGAAGAUUGCAUAAGUGGUACAUGAAAGAAGUAAAGAUCGGGCGAGAGAUGCUCAUGUUAUGCAAUCAAGACACACUCGACAAAUCUAUCGUCAGUUGUUAUUGUCUAAUUAAGAUUUUAGAAUGCAGAAGAGAUGGAGUCUAUAGCAUUGGGUUCAUUGACCCAUAUACCAUUAAUGAAUUUAUGAUACAAAACCAUGCCAAAGACUCAGAGGAUAACUUGCUAAGGUUUUUGAAGGAACUAAAUACCAGAACAAAAAUACUAUUUCCUUACAACUUCAAGGUUUGGAAACGGUUCAUCAAAGUGGUUGUCGGUGAAUGGAAACCGCAGCUAAAAUGGCGACGUUCCAAGUGCAUGAGGCAGCAACAGGGGACUAAUUUAUGUGCAUACUGCGUUUGUGAGAAUAUUCGCUUUACGACCGAAUGGCGCAAAGAUGUAAGACAACAUCGGAUGCAAGAGAUGCGGGAUAUGCUCCUACUAGAGAACCGCAUAAGAGCAAUUCAAGAGGAAAUUGCAGGAUUUUUGCUUACGGAGAUGCUCUUAGCAAUAAAGACACUAAUGAUAGGGAUCGACGAGGCCGCCGAAGACGACGUUGUGCGGUGCAACACGUCCAGGUGGAGGCGGGAGAGCGUCACAACCCCUACUUGCUCUUCCAUAAAGCCACCGGAAUACACUUGUAUAUAUACUCCACUAGGCAAGAGGUACGUCGCCGCUUGGAAACUUUAUCAUCAAGAAACAGGUAAAGCUCAGCUCACCCGCAAAAAAAGCUGCCCAUUCCAUCAUUGGUUCUACCGUCUUACGCUGCUCCAUUCCAUCAUCUCCCCCUUGUAUUCUCCAGAGGUAUGUGCCUUGUCGAUACAGCUGCUCUAUUUUCAGGCGUGGAAGGUCUCAUAUGUAGCUUUUUUCCUCCGAUUUCUACCGUCUAACCAUCUCAGAAAUUUCAUCGCAGUUGUGUUCAGUCAGCACAAGUCUUGUUCAUUCGUUAUCAGCAACUUUGCUCCGUAUAAGGGUUUAUAUCUCGUGUGUUUUCUUCGCAAAAAAGUGCUGAUUCUCAACUUGAAACUGGAAGGGAACAGCGAACCUGUAAUGUCUACUCACAUGGAUAAUAUCUUGGAUGUGGAGCCAAGGGCUAUGUCCUUCCACUUUGUAAGAGACACUACAAAUGAUUUCUCUGAAGAGCAAGUGAUUGGCCAAGGUGGAUAUGGAAUUGUUUACAAGGGGGUUGAUAGGGAUGGACCGGUCAUUGCUGUGAGGAAGCUCUAUCCCAUAAGAGAAAUUGAUGAUGAGCAGCUCCAGAAGGAGUUUACGGGCCUCAAGAUGCUCAAUCAUCCAAAUAUUGUACGAUUACUUGCCUACUGCUAUGAACAAGAACAACUUCUUAUACCGUACAAAGAGAAACAUAUAUUUGCUCCUCGAACAAUUAGGGUGUUGUGCUUUGAGUACAUGAAAAAUGGAUCCCUUGAUCAGUACAUUGAAGAUGCUAGUUCUGGACUCAGUUGGCACGGACGGUACCAGAUAAUCAAGGGCAUAAGCGAAGGGUUAAGAUACCUCCACGAGGGAUUGAAGACUCCUAUUAUCCACAUGAAUCUAAAGCCUAGCAAUAUUUUGCUGGAUCAUAACAUGAUACCGAAGAUAGCUGAUUUUGGUCUGCGAAGGCUCGUUGGAGAAGGAAACGCCAGAUGUAUGGGAACAAUUGCAUACAUGUCGCCGGAAUUCAUUGAAAGACAAGUAAUCUCGCAUAAGUGUGACAUAUAUAGCCUUGGUGUUAUAAUCAUAAAGCUGAUAACAGGGGAGAGAUUAUAUUCGGGACAUUUUGAUAUGUCUUCAGAUAGGUUUAUCGAGCUGGUAAGCGGAAGUACAUCUACGUUUCCUCUAGUGGCAUUAAUUGUGUCGAUGUUGUACAUGGGUUACUCAAUUUACAAGCAAAUUAAGAAAUGCUUGGAGAUAGCAUUCAAAUGCGUGGAGUUAGACAGACACGAGAGGCCUUCCAUCGGAGAUAUCAUAGAUAGGCUGAACGAAACUGAAACCUUGAUUCCAGAAGAAGUUCGAGCAGUACAUACCCGGAUUGAUUCAACACACUCUGAGCUGCUUGAAGUCCACCCACAAGAGCUCUACUUCCCAUUCAUGUUGAAAGGAAGAUACGAGGCCAUGAGCUCCUGCUCGCUGCAGCUAAAGAACAGAGGAGACAACCGCGUGGCGUUCAUGCUUGUAGCCAGCAACCCCGAUAGAUACUUGACAAGGAAGCCGCUCUGCGGUAUUGUGCCUCCAAGGUGCGUCUACACUCUCAGUCUCACAAUGCUCCAGCAGACAGCAUCAACAUCAUCAUCGGACAGCAGCGACUUCUUCACACUGUACACCACGGCAGUGGGACAACACGACCUCCUAGAUGUUCCCAAAGAUGUUGUCUCCGUUGAGUACGACUACUUCUUUAAGAAAGUCCAAAAGAUGCCCGGUGCCAGAGAUAAGGUGCAAGUGGCGACGUUGAAGGUCAUCUGUGAUCGACGACCAGCCACCAAGUCUAUAGGGAGAUCACCUUCACCUGAGGAAUUCAAGAAAGUUCACAAAAAAUUUAAAAAGUUCACUGGAUUUUAAGAAAACUCAUUGAUCAGAAAAAAGUUAAACAAGACUUCAUAAAUUUUGGAAAAAGUUCACAAAUUCGAAAAAAAAGUUAUUGAUUUUGAAAAAAGUCAUUAAAAUUUAAAAAAAUCAAAAUUAUUAAUAAAAGUUCAUCGACUUUGAAAAAAAUCCAUUGAUUUCGAAAAAAAAGUUCAUUAAUUUUGAAAGUCAAACUCAUCAUUUUUAUAAAAAGUUCAAACUUUUUUAAAAAAUCACAGAUUUGAGAAAUAGUUCACGAAUUUGGGGAAAAAACUUCUCCAAUUUUGGAAAAAAAAGUUCACCCACUUUGAAGAAAAAUUCACGGCUUUGAAUUUUUUGUGUCAUUUAAAAAAAUCACGAACUUAAAAAAUCUUUACGCAUUUAAGAAAGAAAAGGGAAUCAAAUAUAGAAAUGGAGAAAAUAAAGAGGAAAAGAAAACCAAACAGGAUAUAGUGCGAUUUUCCAGUGUUUUAUUUUAGAGUAAUAAAACAUAUCUUUUUUUAGGGUGUAAACAAACAUAUCUAGCACAAGGUGUUUGGUUGCCCAGUUGGUUAUUGCGCUUGUGCUAGUUACUUGUGGAAGGCGUUUCGAAUCCUGCGGCGCUUACUUAUUUUUGCAGUUUUAGAAAAUAAAAAACAUGAUGAAUGGGCCGGUCCAGCGCGGGAGGAUGUGCGUUCAUGAACUAAAAAACAUGUUCAGCGUAUAUGUACGGCGAAAAAUUUAUAAAUAUGACUAUCAUGCCCCUUCUUAUGAAGAGAUAUGGGCUAAUCUCAGCCAUCCUUGUGUUUAGGGAGGUCUACCGAAGCAGAAGUGUUUCUAUGAAUUUCUGAAUACACAAGUCAAAGACUUUUCUGCAUAUAUGCAGGGAGUUCAAGCCUUCAACUAUGUAUUGAGAAGUAUCCGUGGAUUCCUCAACAACCUGUAACUCUAGAUAUAUGUGUAUUAUGGACGGGAUCGUUGAUACUCUAAAUUUGAUCGCUAAUAGUAAUUAAGAAGAACAAAAUUACAGACAUUAUCCAUCAUUAUAGGCCACACAACGACCAUUAAUUUAUUACAUUCUGGUGGGCUAAGUGUGUGUAGUGUAUGGGUACGACCCAAAAGGUACGCGCUUGUGUAUUUACUCAUACAUGUACACUGUAACAAGUAAGAGAUAAUUCCAGAAUUUUUCCUCAA